ACCGCUCGUUUGUUUUUUUUUGGUUCAUCUCAUUUUUGUAUUCUGUCGCUCAGAUGCGCAUGUUUUUUUUGGAAAAUAUAGAAUGAAAAAAAUUUGGAGGGUUUCUGUACAUGAAUUGAUAGAAAUACUGCUGGUCUUCGUUAUGCACAGUAUUUAUUGAUGGUUGCAAAUGUAGCACAUGAUUCUACGAUAUUAUUAAUCAUGACUAGAGAACAUGUUUUACAUAUUCAGUUUGUCGCACAAAACGCUAGAUUGAUUCGUCCAGGGUCUAUAUAGCAGGGUGUCGACUACCUUGAAAUCCCUUGAAAAUCAGGGAAUCUCGUCAUCAAUCUGGAUAAAAUGAAAUUCCGCCAAUUAGAAUUUUGAUUAUUGCAGUUCGAUGAAUCUUUGUAAACAAUACUUCGUUGGUUUCGAUGAUACUUUGACAAAACAACAGAGAGGCUGCAGAUGGAUCUGAAUGUCAGAUUUUGGGAUUAAGAAGUGAUGGAGGUGGUAAAUCGUUACAUGGAGUCAAUGUUCUUGGAACGUUCUCAAGCAUCAGAGAUCAACUUGCAGCUUUUAAAGAAGGUCUGGGAAUUAUAUAUUUGAACAAACUUCUUGUGUCGAUUGACGGUAUCAACGUAAAUGGUCAUAUUACACGAGCUGCAACAGGACUUUCAAAAUGGGGAAGAAAAACGCCUGAAUUUGGGUAGCUUCGGAUUGUAUAUUUUACACGGUUGAUGAAUAGGCUGACGGUUUCCAAAUAAUUCGGCAAAAAUUUAACGACAGGCGAAUCUCGAAAUUUUGUCUAAUAUGCGGAGCCCUUGUUUUGAAGCUUAUAAAGCAUUGAUCUUGCCGUCCUGAAUUCCGAUAAAAAAUGGCUGGAAAACGAUUUUAGAAACUCUCGACUAUGGACCCUAUUGACCUUUUUGAUAUUUGACCGAUUUCAGACGCAUCAGUGGAGCUCCAGCAGGCUUAGCACUGGAACAAUAUUGAUAGCAACAAGUGUGCUCAUUAUGAUCUGAAAAAUUAACGACUGGAGUAUUUUUAGAAUGGAUAAGUUCGCGGGAUUUUUUACCAAAACUGGUCUUUUGUCUCUCGUGCGGAAACACCAACUUUGAGAAGGCUUUUCCAUUAAUACCGAAUGUUUUAGAAAACAUUUGUAUGGAAACGGUUGUGCUGUACAACAAGUUUAUGAUGGAAGACAUACUUUGGAAGAAAGGCAUCAAUAAAAAUGUUAAUUCAUCGAGUACGAAAUUCUCAUUCUCUUCAUCUAGAACAGAAGGAAGGUUGGAAGAGAUAGGCUUUUGCGUUAAAUAAGUUAAUUAAUUAGUAAGUUAAUGAAUCGGCUACGGAAAGCAGAUGCGAAAUCUGUGGUGGUGAAAAGAAGAAAACUUUGGAAAACGCACUGAAGAGAGGCAAAGAUUGCAUGAAAAAGUAUUUCGUCAAAAUCGUAACAGUUUCGUGAAACUGAUCCGAUUCCAAAUGAAAAUGGGGGUCUCUGUAGCCACAUUGGUUGCGCGUUCGCGUAGUAAGCAAUCGAUCGUGAGUUCAAAACUCAGGGUCCUCAUUGACCAUAUUUGUGUUGUUAUAGAAUAACUACGUCUACGCAACAAUCAACAGCGAUGGAAUUCGAUCCACGGUCGAAAAAAGAUCGAUUCAUCCAUACAACUGCUCUGCUCUGCAAAACACAUCGGGCUGAUGUUCUAUAAAUAACUGAACAAUGAUCAAUCAACUGUCUCCGCUGUCCGGUCUGAAUGGAUAAUUACGCCUAAAUGGCUACUGUGUAAAUGUGUACUAUAUGCAAUGGUAUAGAAGGGAAUAUUCUAACGCCGGAAAAUGACAACUGUGUAAUGUGCUUAUUAUAGAUAUGGUAAACAUGUGACAUGUACACGAUUAAAAUUUGUCUCUGUUACAGCUAAAAUGCUAAUGAGCUUAAAAUAAACAAAAGAGAUAAAAAAAAUGAAAAUAACUCAUUCUGUACUAAUGUUUAAGCUGAAGGACCCUUUAAGCUGUAUUAGUGUAUUACUGUAUUAGUGAAUCCAUUUUUUUAAAUUUUGAACGACACUACUCAAUCGUUGUUUAACUAAGGGGAACUGAGGGGAAUGUGGUCACCCUAAGGAACAUGCCCAUCUCCUGUAUCCACAUACCACUAAAAUUUCCGUUUCGAAGAAUAUUGUAGCUCAACUUAUGGUAGUUCAAGAUAGUAAGCGGUUUGUAUUAUGAAAAUUGAAAAUAGUACAUUUUUCAUUAUUAGAAAAAAAGUUGAAAAAUCGAACUUUUUUUUUGUGAGAAGGUAAAUUGCCGUUCUACGCAUAGUUGUCCCAUGUUACAUUUUGACAAUUUUCACUUUUCUGCAUAAAACGAUAUUUUUAUGUCUAAUCUUCCAGAAAAUCACAAAAAAAACUUAUUGUUUGUUCCCAGCUUUUUGAAAAACAACAUCAAGCUCAAUUGUCCCAUGUUGAUAUUCUAGGCAUAACUGUCUCACUAUAUACUUUUUGUAGAUCCAUAAUGAAUGAAACGGUUCAAGUACAAGAAUUUUGUGACACGACUUCAGCAAGGCUAAUGCACUCAUUUCUGUUUUGAAAGAACGAACUAAUUCACAAACAAACAAAAAAGUUUAACACGUGUACACCUUGUUAGCGAAUGACCAAUAACAAUGAGAUUUAUAUUCAAAGGUGUUGCAGAUCACUCCCUUCUUCAUUAAACGAUGUUUUUAUGCAUAAUCUUUCGGAAAAACAUCAAAAAACUUAUUGUUUGUUCCCAGUAUUUCAAAGAACAACAUCAAGCUCAGUUGUCCCUUGUUGUUAUUCUAGGCAAAACUGUCCCACCAUGUAUUUUUAAACCGUAAUCAAGCAUGAUCGAUUCACGUGAGGAGAACUCUUCACAUUUCAUUAACCCUUUCGUCGCCUCGUCACCCAGAUAUGGGUGACACUUUCCUCGUUCAAAUUUAAUAGGAUUUUGAAAAGGAGUUUGACAGCAUAGGCACCUAUAUGUAACUAUAGAAUAUGUAGAAAAAUAAUAAAAUCAUAAUCAUAUUAAUAUAAUGUUUAUACUAUACUUUUUAUCGAUUUAUAGUACAGAAGAUUUGUACUGGAGUUUUUUGCGAAACCCGUAUAAUAUGACUUCGGCAUGCUAUUGUUGUCAAUUCGUCUCCAAAUAGAAAGAAAUUUCACUAGUUGUAAAAGUUGUCUGCAAACUAUGUUUGGUCUUCUUUUACUAAAUCAUCCGCAAUUUGGGCCUCGCGAGAAAUUCAAUAACAGCGCAUUGGGCGACGAACGUGUUAAACAAUAGUUUACUGGUCAUAAUAAACCCAGUGUAUUGCCAAACUAAAACGCAUAAAGCUUCUGGUAGACAAAUAUCCAAAAAAUACUUUGAUUGCGUUUUUCUCAGUUGUUGAUGUUGGAACAUGGGACAACUAUGCGUAGAACGGCAGUAAAGUGGUCACCUGUGGGGGGCAAAGUGGUCACUAGCACAUAUCGCUCUACUCUAGAAGGGAUAGAUUUUUGUAUGUUUUCUUGUCCAAAUUUGUUUAAACCAUUAUUGAACUAGUAGGUGCAUGUAUGAAAUGAGCUAGGCCUAUUCACCUAGAGUCGUAAUUGAAUUUUUUUCAUACGUACAAAAACCUAGUAAGAAACACAUAACGUUUUUCAUAAUGAGGAACGCAGAAAACUACGGCCGAAUGGCUACCGAGAGAGCUGACAUGCGACAGCUCCAUUGAAGUACAGGGUAACUCGAAAGUCAUGAAAUUCUUCAAACAUAAGGUGACUAUCGAUACGGUGUCAAUAGUCAAUAGUUAUACUACUAAACAAGCAGGUGAUCAUUUUACCCCACGUGGCCACUCUCCCCCCAUUACCCUUAAUUGAAAACCAUAAACAAUCCAUUUAUGGGAAGAUAUCGACAUACGUUCUCAAAUUCCAUUGUUUAUGCUAACUAAAUGUUUUAGGGACUUCAGCUAAAGUACUAGUGAAGAAUUUGAUUACUAGUCUACAUCUGGAUUUUCUCUGAAAAAUUACUGGAAAAUCAGGCAAUAUUAGGGAUUUUUUUAGGUUUUUGAGUCGACACACUGUAUAAUUUUUAUUUUCCGUCGUUAUAUAUCUGCAUAUUCGAGUUCAACCAUCAAUGUCAGGGCGCGAGUUUAUCUAGAUUCCAGAUCAGCGGUACUCAACAAGCUGAAGCGGUAGCGGACCAAUUUGUCUUCCUCGGUUCAAUUAUAACGACUGGCAAUGAUACCAGCCGCGAGAUCCGGUGAAUCAUUGUCAAUGGAAGUCGUGCUUACUAUGGCUUCCACAAACACUUGAGGUCUAACAGACUUAGCAGUCGUGCGAAAUUAUCCCUGUACAAAACGUUUAUAAGACCGGUUGUUCUCCACGGGCCGAAGAGGACCUGCGAGCACUCGGAGUCUUUGAACGACGUCUGUUAAGAACCAUCUUCGGCGGUGUGCAGAAGGACGGUGCAUGGAUGCGAACCACGAGUUCACACAAAGUAGCUGGACAAGACAUGUUGCAGAAAUGCCGCACAAGUGUCAUACAAAAAUGGUGUUCAUUGGGAAUACGGCAUAAUACAGAUCAGCAGGAAAAUUGACUCUUCAGUUGAAUUAUUUUACGCAAUGGAUUACUUUCGGACGAAUAUUAGCCAACUGCAUAUCACAAUAUAAUGUUUUAUUAGCUAACUGUAUUUUAUAAUCCAUGAAUCUAAUCCCGAAAUCGUCCGUUGAAGUGAGCGCAUAUUAAACAUAAACAUUUGUAUCGACACACAAACUUACAAAUAAACAAACGCACAACCAAACAAUUAGAACAUCAAAACCUACAGUGGCUACGAAACAGUUUGGGAAUUUUAUAGUUAUCUCUCAAGCCGGCUCGCUGCAUGCUCAGUACAGUGUGUGUGUUUCUUUGUACGUAUUUUGAGAAUGCGUUCUGAAGCUAUCUUCUUUGCAUGUUUGUGCAGCAUUGAAACAAACCAUACACUGAAGAAUUGUCGCAGCAGGGGAAUAUUAACUACAGUUCUUUCCGUAAUUGUCAGCAUGGACCGCUGAAAACGAGUCGAAACUGAAAAAAACACAUCAAAGCCAAUCAAAAGGCGUUAUCCAUUCGUGAUUCCUUCCAACAAACAAACGGUGCAAAACGGUCAUAAAGAGUAGGCAUUUGAGAGCAUCAGCUCGUCAAUCGAUAAUUGUGAACAAAUUGUUGACCAAAAAUGGCACUAAUGUGAUUGAACAAGCAUCGUACUCUCUCUUUUUCCUACUUCUGAAACUUGAAUUAUCACUUUGUGGGUCCAGUUCACACAGCACUGCCGGUCUUGACUUUCGUUUCCGCAUGAUGAUGUCCAUCUCCGUUAGGUAUCUUUUCACUGUCUGGCCCGUUGCUCUGAUGUAGCCACCUUUUCCUCCGUCUUCUGCUUUAGUUUCAGAUGCAGUUUACCAGAAAUGUAAGGAUAUUAUAGAUACCGGAACGGGCAUAUCCGGCGGACUCAAAGAACUUGACGAUGUCCACUUUCUUCGCAACGGGAUGGAACUCCAAGUACGCAUAAACCAUGGAGCGCAGUUGCUUUAUUGUUUCCACCAUAACUUCCGCAGUUCAACUGAUAGCGCUGUAAAAUUUUGUUUGAAAACUCAUGAGCUACUAUGAUUGACGAUACACAAAUGGUCUCAUCACCAGAUCUUAAAGUGAACGCAUGAAAAAUUGGUAAAAUGAAGGCGUUAUUUGACAGAAUGUAUUUAAAUGUCACAAUGCAGCAGCCACAAAGUGCUCAACAACAGCAGUUGCCAACGCAACAGGUGCUGCAGCAGCAGCAGCAGCAACAACAGCAGCAGCAGCAGCAGCAGCAGCAACAGCAACAACAGCAGCAGCAGCAACACCAACAAUCACAACAACAGCAAACCUUUCACCAGGUGUCAGGUCAGAUACAACAGUCACAACGAACACAAAGCAUUGUCAUGCAGCCGCAGCAGCAGCACCAGUUACAGCCAAUGCAAGCUCCACAACUACCAUCUCAACAAUUGCCUUCUCAACAACAACAGUCCCCGCAACAGCAAGCUCAUCAACAACAUACGCAGCAGUUACAAUCUCAGCAACAUCAGUUGCAGCUUCAACAACAGCAAUUACAGCAGCAACAGCAACAGCAGCAACAGCAGCAGCAGCAACAGCAGCAACAGCAACAACAGCAACAAAUGCAACAGCAACAGCAACAGUUGAAUUCCCCAUCGCAACAACACAGUGGUCCACAAAUGCAGCAACAAGUUCAGCAGCCAGUAUUACAACCACCGAAUCAACACUCGCUCCAACACAACUUACAGCAGCAGACGCUGCAACAGCAGGUACAACAUAAUGUUAACCAAAUUCAGCAGAAAAUGGCUCAACACCAGCUUCUACAACAGCAAAAACAAUUACAGCAGCAACAACAACAGCAGCAGCAGCAGGUUCUGCAAUCACAGCCAACAAUUCCACAACAACCAAUUCUUCAACAACAGCCACCUUCUCAACAACAGCAAAUCGUUCAGCAGCAUCAAAUUCAAAUGCAGCAUGGGCAAUCGGGCCAGAUAAUUCAGCAAGUUAUUCAGCAACAACAGCAACAACAGCAACAACAACAGCAAUCUGGCCAGGCCAAACAGAACAUUCAGGUCGUGUUCAAAGGUGGUCAAACAUCGCAGCAACAGCAACAGCAAACUUCCCAGCAGCAGCAUAUUCAGCAAAUCAUGUCAAAUCUAACGGCCGGAACGGAAGCACAAAAUCCACAGCAGCAAAAGAUUAUUAGGCAGAUUACGAUCAAUCAGGGGCCACCAACUGUUCAGCAGCAACAGCAACAACAACUUUCCCAACAGCAGCUCCAAAUUACCCAGCAGCAGAUUCAGGCUAAUCACCAACAGUUACAACAAUUACCGGGCCAACAACAACAAAGCCAACCACAGCAGCAACCGUUGAUGAUUCAGAGGACUUUAUCUCAACAACAGAUCCCAUCACAAUCCAUUCAAUCUGGGCAACCUGGACAGAUGCUGCAGCAACAAGGCCUACAACAAAGUCAACAGCCGAAAAUUAUUCAGCAAACGAUCAUUCACCCACCCAUCACUUCCAACUAUCAAACAAUUACCAAACAGUUGAUCGUUGGGCAGCCUCAGAGUCAACAACAACCGCUACAGCAGCAGCAGCCACAGACACCGCAAUCUUCUCAGCAGCAGGCUCUACAGCAACAGCAAGUUCUGCAGCAUCAGCAGAUGCAGAAGCCGGGUGGGGCUAUACAUACUUCCAACCAGCAGCAACCGCAGCAACUUGUUCAACGUAUCGUCCAACAACAGGUUCUCCAGGGAGCACCGGGAAGUAAUCAACACUCAGGACAACCGCAAAACAUUGUCAUUAUCAACCAAGGUAGUAACCAGCAGCAAAUUAUUACAUCCUCUGCAGGGCCAUUACCGGGACAAAUGCAAGCAAUGACUCAACAGCAAAGAGUCCAAUACCUGCAGAAUUUACAACAACAGAAACAACAGUCACAGCAGAUAAUUGUGAGUGGUUCAGGGCCAGGACCGGGUUCAUCUCAACAGCAGAGCCAAAUUCUGCAACAGCCGGUACAAACUGGCCAAACGAUAAGUCAAAACAUAGUCCAUAUACAACAGAGGCCCCUGCAGCAGAACAUGAAUGUACAAACAGGUGGUCCAGGACAAACACAACUACAGCAUCAGCAAGUCAUGACUUCGGUAGGACAAGGAAUGUUAGCAGGUCAGCAACAAACUGGGCAACAACCACAACAGCAACAACAAACGAUUGUCGUUCAGCAACAACAUAUGGUUGGAAAUCAGCAGCCGACGAUAAUUCAACAACAGAUGCUAUCCCAACAACAACCACAACAGCAGUCACUACAGCAACCCCAACAGCAACUGAUUAUCCAACAAUCUGUUCAGGGUUCACAAACGGGGCAGCCACAGCAACAGAUCAUUCAACAGACCAUACCAAACAGCGGAGGAACCGUUCAUCAACUAUUGCAGCAAUCGAGCCAACAGUCUGGCCCGGGUCCGACAAUCCUUCAGCAACACAUCGUUGGCCAGGCAGCACCACCUACAUCUCAACCAAUGGAGGGUCAGAUUAUGCAGCAAACCGGACCUGGAGGUGAAAUUAUUCAACAAACGCAGUUGAUUGCGGGACAACAACAACAACAACCUGGUCAACAACAAUCGCAGUUGAUUGCGGGACAACAACAACAACAACCUGGUCAACAACAAACGCAGCCGCAAUGGGCUUCACAAAGCCCAAUUCAUCAACAAAGUCAACCGAACCAAUCUCCGAUUCAACAGUUUCAGCAGCAACCACAAGGAAUACCGGCAGGGGCCACCAUUAUUCAGCAAACUAUUGUUCCACCGGGAGCGACUGUGCCUGGUCAACCCGGCGUUGCUCCAGGUCCUCCUGGUGGACCUCCACAAUUCGUUAGAUCAACCCUCCGGCCGCAGGUUCAACGACAGUAUAUACAAUUGGAUCCACAAACUCAUGCCACACUUCAAAAGUUGGAUCCUGCGGCCCGUCAGGAGUACAUUGAUCGUUUGCAGGCGAAACAAAGAGUUCUCAUGCAGCAACGACAACAGCACGCUGCCGCUUUUCAGGCCCGACCUGGGCAUCCUGGAAUGCAAGCUGGCGUGCGUCAACAGCAGAUUAUUUACCGUGGACCAAUGCCUCCAGGGCUCAAUCAACAACAGCAAAUGCAAUGGAUACAGCAACAGAACGCGCGACCAGGUGUCCAGGUUCGUCCUGGAGCCCCUGGUCUGAGUCCAAUCACACAGCAAAAUGUAGCCCCACCUGGGUCUCCAAUGGGUCAGUUCCCCAUCGAUCCCAACACAUCUCCACAGCACCAACAACAGCAACAGCAACAAAGAAUGCAGCUCGAACGUCAGCAACAACACAGGCUACUCCAAAUGCAAUUGCAGCGCGAGCAGGCUCAGAAAGGUGUCCAGGGUCAACCUCAGCAGGGGCAGGUGGUUUCCCCUCGUGGUGCUGGUUUUCCACCGGACGGAAUCAUCGGUGACGGAACAACCACUAUAGUCCAGCAAACUAUCGUUGGUCCACCUCAAGACCCAAACGUCCCGCCAGGUACUCAACAGAUGAAAAAUCAAACCAAAACGGCGUUGGCUAACAUGCUCAGUAGUCGUCUUGGCGCCAACGGAAAUGUUGUUCCGAAUAUUCCAGAAGCGGCGGCCGCAACCGAACCAUCCGCUGCUGGCACGCUUCGGAUGAUGACGGCCCAACACAACGCCGCCCUGCAACAAACCAUGACACCACGCUCACCUCAGGAACUAAUCGUUCUACAACAACAGCGGCGUACCCUCGGCAAUAUUACCAAUUCUGGAGCUCCAGUAGGUGCGGUAGUGAAUCCGAUUGUUCAACAAGUACCUCCGGGUACGCCCGGAAUUUCUCAAACACCUCCAAUGAAGGGUGCCCCGCCUUUUAGUCCCGGUCGAGCUCCUCUUCCGAGACCCCAAUAUUAUGGUCAUAAUCCAAAUCUCAAACUUCAUCCGGAGUUGUUUCUGCUCGGUUGCACAUUCUUCAUCAUAGAAUAUGAUGAAACCCACAAAAACGAUAUUGAAGACUGGAAAACCAUCAUCAAGAAGCACGGUGGGGACAUUGAAACAUUUUACGGUCCCAAAGUAACCCACGUUCUCUGUCGCACUCAACGCCAUGGGGUCGUCAUGCAGGCCAUUCGGGACGCGAAACGAUGCAUCACCUCCUAUUGGUUGAAUGACAUCGUUCUGAAGAAGCAACUAUUGCCACCGUGGCAGGCUCUGCAUCUGCCAACGCCAUCGAUUUUUGGAAAUCAAAAACCAGCCACCAGACAUAACAUGUCACUUACCGGUUUCGAGGGUGACGAACGCUUCCGCAUCAAGCAGAUGAUUGAAGAAUCCGGCGCCAAGAUGACACCCUAUUUUAGCAAAUCGAACACGGUGCUUAUCUGCAAACGAAUCGACAACCAGAAGUACAAGUAUGCCAAAGAUUGGAAUAUUCCGACGGUCAACACGGUGUGGCUGAGCGAUAUCCUGCUCGGGAAUCUGAGCGCCAUGCAGCAGUGCGAUGGACCGAAGUAUCAGCAGUUCAAUCUCAGCUGUCCAUUCAGGAUUGACUAUAAUUUGGUGAUGCAUUUGAUGACCGCUUGGAAAUCCCCCAUCAAUUUAACACCAGAGUCACACGAACGUGUCAAACGAAGUUUAUCUGAACCGCCCCAGUCUGCUUCGACUGUGAAAAAAGUGCGAACCCUGCCACCACUGGAACUGAUUCCGAAUGAGAUCAUCUGCCAGCGUCAACUCGACGCCGAUAGCAUACCGAAUGUUUUGUUCUCUCAAAUCGAUAACGUCGAAGGCUUGACUAGAGCCGUUAUGACUCUUGGCGGUCGCAUUGCAAGCGGACCACCGGAUGCUACACACCUAGUGAUGACGAGGGUGGCGAGGACGGUAAAGCUGAUCGCCGCAAUUACCAAAAUCAAGCACCUGCUUUCAACCAAGUGGAUCACGGAGAGCGCUGUGGCCGGAUUUUUUCUGCCGAUGGAAGAUUACAAGCUGGACGUGAAGGAGUUGGACGAGAUGUUCAAGUGUGAGCUGUACAAAGUGUUGGAAUCGCCUAUCCGAGGUAAACUGUUCGAGGGUAAAAUUUUCUUCGUGACCCCUCAGGUCAAGCCAUCCUUCAAGGACGUGAGACAGAUGAUUGAACUGAGUGGCGGUGUGGUAGAGAAGAACCCACGGACGAUCAAGAAGAUUCGCGAGACGAACCUUGAGAAACCGGGCAGCUAUGUGAUCGUUAGCUGCCCCGAAGACCGAGUCAUCAUCCAGCCAUUCAUACAGAAGGGCAAACAUGGUGUAUGUCAAAUAUGUACCACUGAGUUCGUUAUGCAGUCGAUUCUGCAGCAAAAAUUAACAAUCGAGCCCCACAUCAUAAAGUGGGAGUUGGUGUCGUAAAGUUCGUGUGGUGCGGUGAAAUGCCGAAAUUAUUCGACAAAUCGCCAUUUCGAUGGAUUACGUAAGUAAAGGUUUAGAUUGAUUAAUACACUAUUGAAUAGUGAAAUCUUCAUUCGAAAGGUACUAUCAUUUAAAUGAAUUAAUCCCGCAAAGGAUAUGCAGAAAUAUAUUCAUUAUUUGGAGAAAUAUUUAAAUCACAAAGUUACUAUAUCAAUGAGAUAUAUUAUCAGAAAUGUAUAAUAGAACAUGUGUACUGUUUAAAUUGAAAUGGAAAGAAUUAUUCCCGAAGCCGGUUUGUAACAUGCUGCAGAUAGGGUUAAGUAAUGAAGUUGCCGGCAUUGCAAUUCUAAAUUAUUAGAGAAUAGUAUAAAUCACGAGUGCAUUUUAUCCUCUAGGCAAGCGUAUAUCAUAUACAGCAGGUCUAUAUGGUAAGUACCAUUAGGUCAGAUAUGACUUACAAAAUAUAAGAAAUGUAAGUGAAUCGGUACAUUGAACUUACAACUAUUAAAGAAUAA